AUGGCAUUCCGUCUGUCCUGCAACUUGUGCUACGGCCAAUCGCGUUGUCAACUAAGGUACAUUGUUCGUUUAUGAAAGCAGUUACGCUUGAUGCAUUGUUAACCAUGGUCUUAAAUGUCCACCUGUAUACUUCUGUAAAAAGGAAAAUUUGAACUAAAGCAAUGGUUUAUUUGGCUAAGCAAGUCCUUCCAAUAUUCUUGCUUCAGUAUUCUAUAGGGGCACUGUUUGUCAAACGCCCCAAUUCUCCACAGACUACCAUCAGCUAGGGUCCAUUAUUCGCUUCCUUAAAGCAAGACGGCGCAUUCAGCACGAUCCAGUACUCUCAAAUCUUUGUUUCCUGUUGAACUUCAUGCCUAGAUUACCGGAACUUCCCGAGUCGACAGAACUAGUUUUGUGAGCGUUCGAUGUGAUUGGUUAUCCCUUCCUGAAAUUAACCAGCUAGAAGUACGGAGGACGAAGGCACACAAUGUCCCGAUUGAGUAGUUUUACAUGGAUUUGCGGGAGGCGAGAACUAGGCAAUCAAGGGUAGAUUGUUUCUUCAGCUGAGUUAUCGGGAAAAGUGCACCAAUCCAGUCUGUCCUUAUCUAUGGUUGUGAAUUCUGUGCUGUGUACGUGAUGCCGAAAACUGAAGGUAUUUGACCACUAAUGCUUGAGAGCCAUCCUUCAAGUGAGCUAAACCGACUUCGCCUCAGAUGAGACAGUCCACAAUCGCUGUGACAGCAUUGCAAGGAUAACCCCGGCCAUCCAAUAAAAAUGUCUUUCUCCGUCCACCUCAGGAGCUCAGUGUUACUGCCCUUGAUCUGGCUCCAUUACCCUUUUGGAGGUGUCGAAAAGGAGGUCAGCUCAAAACCUGGCUCAACACAGUUCGUGCCAAAAAUCCCUUUUGGACUUCAACUUGCAACCCGCCCCUACACGCUGCUCUGCUGUUUCGAUGGCACAGAAUUACUGUUGUGAUUGUGGUUGUAGACUGUAAUGCCAGGAGUUUUGGGGACAGUUGCGAUGGAUGCAACGACGGACACAUCAAGAGAGUGGGUCGAGCAACUCAGAAAGGUGUCCUUCCAGCGCGGCAGCCGCUUACUCCGUGUCGUGGCGGAGAAGCUGGCCUUCUUUUUAAUUGCUUAAUGGACCAUGAAAUCGUCCCUCAACGAAUACCACGGAGCUUGACGGAACUUUUUUGCGCCAUCAACAAUAGAGGCUUCUCUCGAUUCUCAUUUUGACAUGCGAAUUGUUCAUCCUUGUCUCCCGUAAACCGCUCUACCACGUUUGUCUCAGAAAUCUAGCACCGAAAAUUGUCAGUUUGUAGUAGCCGUCAAUGCAUGUAUGGCGAAAGUUUGUGAUUUACUUCUGCCUUUGAAAUACAACUGCCCUAUUUCUGGUCCAACUGAACCUGCCAUUUGCGUUUGAACUGUUUCUCACCCCUAGGGAGACUGCAUUCUGCAGUUCCUUGCUAGUGUAUAACCUAGAGGGAUGCGUGUAAUGCACUCCACUUCCCAGCCUGAAAAUGGUCUGCCCCCCGCGCCCAAGAAUUGAUUUCUGAUUCCCGACCUCCAAUUCAUAUCUCCAGCUUCCAGCUUAUCUCAUCUCUUUUCUUCAUUUAGCCUCAGUAUGUUGAAGACUCAGAGGGCCAGGGACAUUUUGAAGCUUGUCCUCUCCGAUGAACGCAUUCCCGACAACCUCAUUACCGUCUUCUACACCGAUUUUGCCACCGGCUCAGAGGCAGGAAAGCCACUGACCGAGUUCCACCAAGACCCGGUCCUAGGACUCAAUAUGAGCUCUCUGGGUCUACGGGAUUGUCAAAUCACUUGCCUGAAGCUGCUGGACAAGGUUGUUUGGGACAGGCAGAGUGGACUGGACCUCAUCUCCACUUCCUCACCACCCCCCAUCUACGCCCUGUUGGAGAAAACUUGCCAGGACUCUUCGCUGGCAGAAGUAGACAAGCUGGCUGUCGUUUGCAAGGCGCCGGAGCAUCUGAAGCGUCUGUGCGACAUUCAGGCCUCUAAGUCGGGCUUCCGCAAACACCGUUUCUUCAUCUGUCAGCGCGUCUACAACGAGGCACUGAUUGAGAAGGCAGUGGACAUGCAAACGAAGAUCUGUGAGCAGUUUCCCCUCCUUAAGGAGAGUUGCUACCCACCGGGCUGGUUUCAUGUCACCCUGUGCACCUUCUGUCCGGCUGGACCGGAGGAGCUGCACCUGUCUGUUCGGAUACUUCAGCGGCUGGCUGACAAAUACUACAGCGAGUCUGGCCCCACGAUUAUAUUUCGCCACGCACAGCAGUUUACGAAUUUUGUGAUUGUUGUCGGGGCCUCCAUAAGCGAUGAGAUUAAUCAAAUAAUAAGUUCAGCCUUUCGGGAAAACGGGAUUGAAGUGGAUGAUCACGAGUUCAAUGCACAUAUGACUGUGAUUAAGGUGUGUUGACUUGGCUCGAUGAGCCCUUGUACUUUUACUGUCUCUCAACUAAUGUUAUGUAUGCUCCCCAGGGUAUAUAUUUAUUUCGCAUUUUAAGUCUUAUUUGUGCGUUCAAGCUGACAUUUAUGACAUUUUUUGUGCCAAGGGGGAGGAAAUCACUGGGUGACGUAAGAGACACUGAGCCGCUUUAGGACGGAAGUUGGGAUAGAGCUAACGCGAAGCCAGUAGGCGAUAAAGGAUGUUGUGCACUGGAAUUUUAAGGACGCGAGAACUUUCGCAUUCUGCAGUUUGUAUUGCUGCUUAUCAUAGUUUAAUUGUCCCGUGUAGGUAACCGGAAAUUUCACCAUUUAUCAGCUGUUUCCUGUCGCCGCAGAGGGCUGUGUCUGUCCAUAAAUUCGAUCUAAAAACUGACAGAACAAACAGUCUGUUCAAUGAGACGUCGUUUCAGAAACGCCAUUUUUGGGAGCUGGAACGUUUUUACUGAAAAAUCUGCUCUUCCUGAUAUCUGCAAAAUAGAUUUAUCGUCACUAUUGCUACUGCGUUUGCCGUCUCCUCAGCCUCCGUCAAAUGCCUUGCGAUAUCUAUCCAAUCGACUCAACGUGCACCAAUAUUUUACGUUUUCUUCAAAUUUUAAACUUACAGAAAGAGUAUCUUCCGGUUUUGGAAGAUUUUCUAAUUACGAGACUUUAGACCGUGAAGUGUUCAGUCGAACGGCAUCACGUCAGCACAUUUAUUAAAGUUGCUUAUAAAGUGGACAACAUGACCCACAUCCAUAACAAAAUUUUGUGGGCCCUUUAUGUCCUCUUCAUAGUAGCAUUUAUAAAUGUAAGAUUUUUCUUGCACGAAAAGUAUGCGGCUUGUCGUUUGAAUCCCUUCAUGCAAGUGUAACGACAGGUCGGGUUCAAAAUUAUUCGGAAAUUGAGAAAGCUCUUAAAAACAUAAAGACCCUUCUUUUAAGGAUAAAAUGUGAAUAAAACGCAAUCUGCUAUCAAAUGAGCAAAAGGGGGAUUAUUUUUGUGGAGUUUUCUGUAAAAUAUAUUUAACUUUAUAUGGCUGUCAAGAUUAAGUGGUGAUAGUUCAUGCUACUUAAGUAGUUAUUUACUGCGGGUUAUAGUUUAUGGAGGCCGUCGAUAGAGAAUUCAUUCGGCGACCGGCAUCCUGACGUGACUGGAAUAUUUUACUAUUGCGCGACACAAUACUUAUUUUCAUGGAGCACUUCUGAGGAGCAUUUGGCGAAAGUACGCGUGCUCACAUGUUUUACUUUGUAUAUUGUUAGUCUAUAAAUGAACUGGCUCGACAAGAAUUUGCCAAGGCCACACUUCUGCUCGUCAACUGGUCUUUUAAAUAAUAAUUUAUUUUACAACCCUUCUAAAAUGAUAUCGUGGAAUUGAAAACACAUUUCAGGAUUACAGUCAACAUUUCAUGAGAUUACAUAGGUGCUGUAGAUUUCUCGUCACCAUUACUACUAUGUCUCCUUUCUCUUCAGCCUCCAGCAAAUGCCGCGCGAAAGCUAUCCGGUCGACUAAACGUACACCAAUACUUUAGUAGAUAUGACCCUCGGAACACCUGCCAGUCAGUGAAUUGUCUCGAUGUCUGUAUGUGUGGUCAGGAACGCGACGAGGAGGGAUUUUGGCUGCGAGCUGCCUCCCUCCAGCUGGCGCCGAAUUCAAAAUUCUGA